AUUAUUGAUGGCGCGUGGCGGUCAAAAUAAAGUCGACGUCAUCCAAAACAAUAAAUACUGCUGAUGGCAUGCAUCUUCGCUCAGUUUAUAUCCUGAAAAGAAUAUGAAUCGUUUUAUUUUCUUCCUGGUGAUCGUUGCAGUUGUUGGACUUGCCCAUGGUUGUUUCAUAAAAGAGUGCAAAGGAAAUUGCAUACUGUCUUAUCCCAACAACGGAGGAUGUCCAACUUGCGAAUGCAACAUUCCACCCCCUCCACCUGGAGGAAUGAUGUGUUCUCCACCAAAAUGCAAAGAAGAUUGCGGCAUCGACUAUUCCACCGAACCGUGUCCCAGUUGCAAGUGUUAAUAAUUUUAAGUAUCGAUACUGAUACCAGUAUUCACGCGUUUAAGAGCUUAAAGUAAACCUCACAACUCGUAACGACUCUACCACAUUUUAUUGUCCAACUGUACAAGAAAUAUUAUGAAUAAAGUUAUAAACUUCCAAUUAAAUCUCA